CUCACGGCAGAUAUGUCGGAGUACAUCCGGGUCACCGAGGAUGAGAAUGAAGAACCCAUUGAAAUCCCCUCAGAGGAUGAUGGGACUGUGUUGCUAUCUACAGUCACUGCUCAGUUCCCAGGGGCUUGUGGUCUGCGCUACAGAAACCCUGUGUCUCAAUGUAUGAGAGGAGUCCGAUUAGUGGAAGGAAUUCUGCAUGCACCAGAUAAUGGCUGGGGAAAUCUGGUUUAUGUUGUUAACUAUCCCAAAGACAAUAAGCGGAAAAUGGAUGAAACAGAUGCUUCAUCAGCUGUGAAAGUGAAGCGAGCAGUGCAGAAAACCUCUGAUCUCAUCGUUUUGGGACUGCCGUGGAAAACAACUGAACUAGAUCUGAAGGAAUAUUUCAGUACAUUUGGAGAGGUUCUCAUGGUGCAGGUUAAGAAGGAUCUCAAAACCGGUCAUUCAAAGGGGUUUGGGUUUGUACGAUUUACAGACUAUGAAACCCAGGUGAAAGUCAUGUCUCAGCGACACAUGAUAGAUGGAAGAUGGUGUGACUGCAAACUUCCAAACUCUAAGCAAAGUCCAGAUGAACCUUUGCGUAGCCGGAAGGUGUUUGUUGGGCGUUGCACCGACGACAUGACUGCAGAUGAGCUUCGUCAGUUUUUUUCGCAAUAUGGAGAAGUGGUUGAUGUCUUCAUCCCCAAACCGUUCAGAGCUUUUGCCUUUGUUACAUUUGCCGAUGAUCAGGUUGCCCAGUCCCUUUGUGGCGAGGACUUGAUCAUAAAAGGAAUCAGCGUCCAUAUAUCCAAUGCUGAACCUAAGCAUAAUAGCAGUAGACAACUAGAAAGAGGUGGAAGAUUUGGUGGUAAUCCAGGAGGCUUUGGGAAUCAGGGUGGAUUUCCUAACCGGGGGGGAGGAGGUGGAGGUGGAGGGUUGGGAAACAACCAGGGCAGUAACAUGGGGGGUGGGAUGAACUUUGGAGCCUUUAGUAUCAACCCUGCCAUGAUGGCGGCAGCUCAGGCAGCGCUCCAGAGCAGUUGGGGGAUGAUGGGCAUGCUAGCAAGUCAGCAGAACCAGUCCGGGCCAUCUGGGAACAGCCAGCCACAAGGCAACAUGCAGAGGGAGCAGAACCAGGGCUUCAGUUCAGGGAGCAAUUCCUACGGAGGCUCUAACUCUGGUGCAGCAAUCGGGUGGGGCUCAUCCAACGCAGGCUCUAGCAGUGGCUUUAAUGGAGGUUUUGGCUCAAGCAUGGAUUCCAAGUCAUCUGGCUGGGGAAUGUAGGCAAUCCAAUACUGACUGUGGUGGGAAAUCAGAUUUUUUUUUCUAGAGCUUCUGGUAAGUAUAUUAUAAGAUGCAUAUACUAAAAGAAAAAAAAUCCCAGAUCAGUUGUUCAGCGUGUAGUAUAUUUGAACAGUAUUUUUGACAUAUUUUCUUUUGUAAGGGGGGGAGGGGAAAAAGAAAAGGUUAAAUGGAGUUUUAUAGGUUUUGUUACAAUGAGUUGGAAUAUAUGAGUUGGGGUAUUGAGUGAUUGGAAGUGGACUGCUGUUUGCCUGAUGGGUAAACGAACGCACUGCAAUUUGAUAGGAAUUUGUAAAAAAAAAAAAAAAAAGAUUCCUCAUUUCCUAGUCAGCUGAGAUCUUUGCAUGUUUCAAAAAUGGAAGCCAUUUUUCCAGAGACUGCAUCCUUUCCUUGUUAGUUUUUUUUCUUUUAAAAUUUAAUUUGAUCCCCUGCCAUAAGAAUUUCUCUCUCUCUUUCUCUCCCUCCCCCUCCCCCCAAAUGUCCUGUGUGGAGAAUGCAAUGUUGGUGUCGGCUUUUUUUCCUUUUAACACUGUCUCCCCUCCUCAUACUAAAGUACGGUAUGAAGACCUCAUUUAAUCCUUGCAGUUCAUCUCAUUUCAAAUGUCUAUGGAAGAAGCACUUCAUUGAAAGCAGUGCAGUUUUUUUAAAAAAGUCUGCCUUAGGAAUACUUCUGUCUCCAUGCUUUCUCAUCCAAGACUCCUUCAUCACACUGCACAUGCUUCGUCUUAAGACGGUGGGUGUUCCAUUUUUAUCCGCUACUCUUUUAUUUCAUGGAGUCGUAUUCAACGCUAUGAACGCAAGGCUGUGAGAUGGAACCGGAAGGCUUGUUUGAACUCUUGAAAACCUUGUGUGGUAUUGGAUUGGUGGUGCCGAGGCAUGUGAGGGCUUGGUAUGUGCGAGAAAAAGGAGGAGGCGCAUGCAGAGAGAGACCUGGUGAUGCUUAAUGGGAUUUAAAAACAAAAACAAAA